UGUUUGUUAUCUACAAUAAUUUAUAUUUUCGACGGGUGGGCGGUUACGUUUCGUUUCUAAACUGCGAAAUGAAUAACGAGACGUUAUUAUCAGUCUUGAUCCUCGUCGUUUGUGUUCAACAGACCGGCGCCGACCAGUUGUCGGUCUGCUCGCGGCAUUUGCAUCGGCCGCAACACGAAUACCACCUGACAAAGGAAUGCACCGCUUCCAAUAUGCGGACGGUUGCAUCGUCGAAUGCGACGGAAUUGGAGUCUUGCGUCCGAUUGGCUGCGACGAAAAACGCUUUCGCAUUCACGUACGCAAACUUCAACGAAGGUACAGUAUCCACAUUGAGUUCCACUUGCAAUGUUUUUGAUUGCCCAGAGUUCCACCCGUUUCUACUUACUGCUAAUGCAUCGGUGUACGACUAUUAUAGCAUGUACUCAAAACCCUUGCCUAGUGUAAACUAUACUUGUGCACCUGGCCUUGGUGUAUUCGAAUUGGUGACGAAUCAUUUGAACUAUUCUAACGCAAUGGUUGCGUGUGAGGACGUCGGCGGCCAUCUUGCAAACGUCGUAUCCGAUUCUCGAACUUCAUUUUUGUCCGCGUUGGUGUCGUCAGAUUUGAAAAACAAAACUAUUAACAACCGCAAAGCGUUUGUUGGAUUAUUUUUUGAAAACGACUUUGUCACCAUCACAGGUGAACCGUUGAGUUGUUUACCGUUUAGAGCAUGGGCGCCAAGUCAUCCAAAAUCUGGUAGACCGAAGAAAGAGUGCGUGGUUCUCACGGGCAACAGGUAUUGGGAAACAGAAGACUGUUCGAAGAAGUUUCCCUACAUUUGUGAACUCGUGCCGGAUGGUCCACUCAGCCUCGUUGAACGGUACUGCGCGCCUAUAAACAACAUCAAACGUAGAAAAAAUUGUAUUUUACGUAACCACAAACAAUUUGAACAAAUAGAGCAAACAAAACAACAAUGCAAUGGCAUUAUCAACACAAACAAAUCAGUAGCCAUAAAUGACAACAAUUAAGUUGUGAAUGACAACAUUACACAAA